GAAUCCUUUACGCAAAGCCGCCAUUUCCGGAGUUGAAGAAAACUUUAUGUUUUGAAAAUUUCGUUUUGAGAUUUUCUGGCAAGAAUGCCUGGAUUAAAGAUUCGCUGCGACCCUUUGCCACCGAAAACGAACCAGCCGGGCCUGCCACGCAGUCUUCUAUACAGUGGCAGUCGUUUUCAGGGACAACAGAAAAGUAAGGGGAACAGUUACGACGUUGAAGUUGUUUUACAGGUACGAUGACAUUUGAGCGCCAAUCGUGUUAUGAUUUGAUGAAAAUGGAUUUUCGUGUUGUUAUGUUGCACGAAAAUUGUAUUUCAACCAUCUAAUAGCUUCAUAUUGUUUUCAACUUUAGCAUGUCGACGAAGAAAAUGCUUUUCUUUGUGGUUAUUUAAAAAUAAUAGGUCUAACAGAGGUGAGUUUUGGUAGUGUAAAUAUUUAAUACUGUACCAUAUGGUAUUUAUAGUGUCAAUUUAUUGAAUGGUAAAAUAUUUAAAUGUCUUUUUACAUCGCACAAAUGGCCGUUGUCAAUAUCAGCUGAUGAACAAAAUUUAUUUAGUUUGUUAAUUUGAUAUUUAUAGGAAUAUCCAUUACUAACAACAUAUUUUGAUGGUGAAAUAAUUUGCGAUAAACAUCCGUUUCUAACGAGGAAGUGGGUAGGUUGAUCGAUUAUUAACCUAGAUCGGCAUUAUUAAAUUUUGUUAUUAAUAGUAAGGAAAUGAUCAGAUUGUAUAAAUAAUGGGAAGUUAAUAAGACAGUGAUUUUGUUUUUAGGAAGCAGAUGAAGAAGUCGACAGAAAACAUUGGGUACGAGUUUACCAUAAAUACAGUGCAUAUCACCACCAUCAUUAUAACCAUCAUCACUAUUAUCACCAUCAGCCCAUUACAAUUCAUCACCACCAUUAUAAUAUUGGUUACCACACAGAAAAAAAAUUAAUAUGUAUGUUUUCUUCUAGGGAAAAUUCCUUCCUUUUUAUCAAUUUGCAAAACAUUUUAACAGCGAUAGUUUCGACUUUUCGCAACUAAAUAAUUUGGAUUUUGCUUUUAUGAGGUGGAAAGUAAGUUCUUAUAAAUUUGACUGCUAACUAAAUUAAAAUACAUCAAGUGGUUUGUUGGCGAUGGUAAAUGUCUUCAACAUACUCAACAGAUAAACUUGUAUCAUACAACAUUUUUACCAAAAUGUGUGCAAUUUUUUAGGAACACUUUUUAGUUCCAGAUCACACGAUAAAAGACAUAAAUGGAGCAUCGUUUGCUGGAUUUUAUUAUAUAUGCUUUCAAAAAUCUACAGCCACUAUGGAAGGCUACUAUUAUCACAAAACGUCAGAAUGGUAAGAUGACACGUUUGUAACAUUUUCUUACUGUAACAUUCUGUAUGAAAGAGAGGUAAUUUAACCCACUAAGUAGCAAUGCUUGUGAUUAUCGUAUUUUUGCCUUGACAAAAUUGAGGAUUUUUGGCUGAGCCAGAUAAGAACAUUCUCAAUAUGCUUCGGCAAUUGCUGCGGCAAAUUAUAAAGACUGUACAGACCAUAUAAUGAUCCUGUCUAAAUACUGUAUUCUAUACUUUUUCUUGCAGGUUCCAGACGUUAAAUCUACACCAUGUCCCCGACCACAGUCAAUCUAUCUUUGAAUUUAGAUAACACAGAAGUCUGCAAAGAUUACUACUGGUUUUACAUCAAACUAAUAAACAUUUUAAGACUGUAUAUUUAACUUAAAUUCAUGCUGUUUACACACAGUAAAUUACCUGGCCAAUUUAUGAUCUACUAGAAUCAAUGGAUGCAUUGGGUGGUGCCCAACACUUCUCACUUAAUGCUAGACUUGGUUCGAGUCCAUCUUUCAAGGGGUUGAAAACAGCGAUGCACGUGAGCGGUGAAAAAAGGCGCAAAAAUAUGAGAGAAAAGUAGGCAGAGAUGGACUUGGGACAUUUGCAUGCACGCCUCCUAUGGAGGCGUGGCUUGCAAGUUGACAACGCCAAUUUUUGCAAGUACAUUCAAAAUGCUGCAAAUGUCCCAAGUCCGUCUCUCCCUACUUUUCUCCUGAGACAGACUUGAACCAAGUCAACUUAGUGCCAGACAUCACAAAUAUCAUGAUAUAAUAUAGUAACUGUCACUUAUAAUUAUACUGUCUGGCAAGAAAAGCAUUUUGCUGGACAUUUGCCUCUUUCUUGUUGGACAGUAUCUGGCCUCUUAUAUUCAGGCUUAACAUCUGAUGAUAUAGCCAACUGACAAUAUUUGUCGUCCACAUUAUUAUGAGCAGUAAAACCUGUGAUGUGUUCUUUGCAAAAGGUUUUUGUCAAUACUCUCAAUGUUAAAUAAAAUGAUAUAAGUAUUUAACUCUGUAUGUAACUUGUUGAGUUGUUUCUCUAUUCUCACAUGAAGCUUCAACAUUUGCAGACAUUCCAACUCUCCCGAUUUUACCGGGAGUCUCCCGAAAAUUCAUACAAUCUCCUGGUCUCCUGAUUUUUAUCAAAUUCUCCCGAUUUUUCAGAAUAUUCAGGAAAUAUCGUAAAAAAAUCAUAAACAUACUGUUUUUAGCAACAUAAUAGUCUGUUUUGACCUUUUUAUGAAGUUACUUUAUGGCAAUUUAUAGGAUCACUUAUAACAACAUCUUCCCAAAAUGCAGGAAAUGCCAUUUCAGAAGACUUAAUUUUUAAAAUUUUUUCACAGAAGAACAAGAUUUCAAUUUACUGAACAGUCUCCUAAAUUUUACCUCGAGUAGUUGGAAUGUCUGCAUUUGUAACAAGCAUCAGGGCUUUCGGCUGUGGUGAGAAAGGCAGCUGCCCUCAAAAUAAGGUAUGCCAAAAACAGACAUGCUUUAUAGCCAGAAACCAUGGCUAUAAGGAUUCGGGUGUAGUUUAUGGUCACAAACCGUGGCUAUGUUUGCCAAAAUCUGGCAUACUUUAUAGCCACAAAUCACAAAAGAAAGCAAGAUGGAUGCACAGUAUUAAAGGAAGUAGCUGGCAGGCUAACACCCGUCAGCCCUAACAGUAUAUACUCGAAUUGUCUGGUGGAGUUUUUCCUGAAGAUAUUAUUUAAACUAAAACAUUAUCCAGCAUCAACUUUCAUCCAACUAUCUUCAGGUACUGAAUUUGAUACGACUAUAAACAAUUCAGUUGUCGAAACUGCAAGUUCGAAUUUCAAAAACUUGAUCAAAUGUUCAUCAUUUCCAAUAUAUUCUGGAACAUCAAGUUUUGAAUCCAAGUUAUAGAAGUUCUCGUCUAUUUUGCGAACUGCCAGCCAGUGUCGUCUCUUUAUUGGAAUUUCUAACCCGAGGCAUUUUGGUUUGUAAAACUUGUUUAUAACAAUGCCAUAAAUAGUGGCAAGAUCCAGCAAAUUUAGAUCUCU